UAGUGAGAUUAGAAAUGACCGUAAUACGCUUACAAUUUUAUUAUAUCUGCAUUUACUGCGGAAUGUAGUACAGCAGUGCAUUACGGACAAUUUUUACACAUCCGCCAAUCUGUCAAUAAUAAGUAUAAUGUUCUUAUCAGUAAUUCCUAGUUGACUGCCUCAUUAUCUUAUUUAUUUGUAUUGUAAUGAACCUGGAAAUGUGUGAAUUGAAAUCUAGGUUACUAUGUUGUUGUUUUACUUUCGGAAAUGGAGAACGUAGUGAACGAGCGGACGCAUCUCCUCGAGGUGGCGGAGCAGCAGCAAGAGAGCCCUUCGCCCGUCGCAUGCGCUGCCACCCCGCCGCGCAAGCCCGACGAGCAGAGCGCGCUCAACAGGAUCCUGCAUGAGACUGCCACUAAUGUGAUAGAUGUGGGUGCGUUAGGGCCGUACGCGCUGGAGGCGAGCGCGUACAACGAGCGCGUGCGCACAUACACCGCGCGCGCGGCCGCCGCCCCGCCGCCUCCGCCGCGUGCGCCGCGCCUGCUGGCAGACCUGCCGCCCGCACUGCGCACCGCCGCGCUCUCCUCCCCGCCACCGCACACACUGGACAGGGACCUGAUAACGAAUGCAGUAAAGAAAGCAGCGGCCGCUAUAUCUGAGUUGAGAGUGGAACAUCACGAGGAUCUGGUGGUGCCCUUCAGGGUGCCCUAGCAGCGGGUCUCCAUGUCGGAGGACGACCGCCACUGACCAAGUUAGUGUAUGAACAUGAAUCCCCUGACAUAACUGAGUCGGUUGGGGGAAUGAACAGUGUAACCUUUAAUACGUUAUGUGCCAGUGCCGGAGAAAUAAUAAGUGUGUAAAUCAGGAAAUCCCCUACCAAAAAUACAGUGAAUUCUACUAAUGGUAAAAAUAAUUUUGUUGUGAAGUAAAAAAUCUUUUUUUCUCGUAAUAUUAUGUGUUACGUGGUGAUAUAAAAUGUUAUAUAAAAUCGACAGAUAACAAAUAUUACAGUGCACCGUAUUUCUCCUAAAAUAAUAGGGAAUCUCCUACCAUGAAACUAAAUAUGGAGUAUGUCGAAUUAUUAAAUUAGUGUAAUAUUCUUCUCAGUAAUGUGCAGGCAACACUAAGGAAUACUAACAUACUCAGAACUCUUAAUCAUUCACUACUCUGAGUGUACAUAUAAUCAGAGAAUCCCCUCACAUAAAUCAAAUGACCAGUUUCCUCGUAAUACGAGUACAAUGAGAGAAUUUAUCUUUCUAGUAUUAUAAUCUAUAUAACAAUGAGUUUUCACUGCCGAAACACAUGUAAAAAAUAUA